AUGGCCGCUAAGUACGGCCUAAUGCUACAUCAGAUGGACGUCAAGACAGCGUUUCUUAACGGCUCCCUCAACGAAGACAUCUACAUGGACCAGCCGGACGGAUACCUGGAUGCAACACAGCCGGACUAUGUGUGCAAGCUAAAGAGAUCACUCUACGGCUUGAAGCAAUCGCCUCGCAUGUGGAACCAAACAAUCGAUGGGUUCAUGAUCAAGAUGGGAUUCAAGAAGUGCGAAUCGGACCACUGCAUCUACAUCAAGCGAGACGACCAAGACAUGAUUCUCGUGGUGCUCUACGUCGAUGAUCUCAUCCUGGCCAGCAGCAACAACGAACUCCUCAAGUCAACCAAGAUGGCGCUGAGCAAACGCUUCGAAAUGACGGAUCUCGGUGAGCUCGAUUACUUUCUCGGCAUGGAGAUCAAGAACGACCGUAAGACGGGAAUGGUGACUGUACAACAAACCAAGUUUCUCAAGUCCGUGUUAACCAAGUUCGGAAUGGAUAACAGCAAGCCAGUGAAGACGCCUCAAGAUCCCGGCCUGAAGCUAACCAAGAACAUGUGUGAACAAGAAUGCAAGCACGAAGACACCAUGUGCAACGUGCCAUAUCGAAGUGCUGUCGGAGGCAUCAUGUAUCUCAUGGUCGCCACACGUCCGGAUCUAGCUGCUGCAGUGGGAUCAUUAUCCCAGUUCUCGUCCGACCCAUGCCCGACUCACUGGCAAGCUUUGAAGCGUGUGCUGAGAUACCUGCAAGCAACGCCCAAUCAUGGUCUUGAGUUUACACGUGAAGAAGGAAGCCGUAUCUGCGGGUACACCGACGCAGACUGGGCCGGCGACAUUGAGUCAAGACGAAGUACAAGCGGCUAUGUGUUCAUGAUGAGCGGAGGAUGCAUCAGCUGGAAAAGCCAGAAACAACGGACGGUCGCGCUAUCUUCAACAGAAGCAGAAUACAUGGCGCUUUCCGAAGCAACCAAAGAAGCAGUAUGGCUCAAGGUGCUUUUGGGGGAACUUGGUGAGAUGACAAGCGACGAAGCGAUCAAGAUGUAUGAAGACAACCAAGGAUCAAUCGCUCUCGCCAAGAACCCGGAGUUCCAUAAGAGAACAAAACACAUCGACAUACGCUACCAUUUUGUGCGUGAGAAGGUGGAAUCAGGUGAAGUCGUUUUGGAGUAUUGCCCGACUCAAGAUAUGCUGGCAGACAUGAUGACCAAGCCGAUCGCCGCUGUACAAUUUGAAAACAUUCGCGAUCGACUUGGGAUCCAAGAUGCCGCAGCUAACGAGUCGAGAGGGAGUGUUGAAAAGACAGCGGCUGUGAAGAAGACACCUCGUCAAGCUGCGUCAAGUGUUGAAGCAAGUGGAAGACCAAGCUUCGCUAUACCGGUGGGUACCGGUAUGUACCAGUAA